AAAUGAGCGGUGGUUGUUGGGAGCGGAGCAGCAGCGUGGAGGCAGCGAGCAGCGGCCCGGGGCUCAGUCAGCCCGGAUUCAAACCUCCAGUCAGCCCGGAUUCAAACCUUCAACCAGCCCGGAUUCAAACCUUCAACCAGCGCGGAACAUCCAGCCCACUCUACCAUCGCACCACCCGGUCUGAACACGAUGCCCUGCCGGAAGGAGAACUACAUCUUUCUGGAGCAGUCGGUCACCGUCGACUCUAAAGAGGUGGACGCGCUGGUGACGAAAAUCGGCGAAGCUCUGCAGCUCCACAACAACAGCGGCGGCCACCAGAAGACGGUGUCCGUGUCCAUGUCCUGCCUGCACGGCCUCACCGGCGGCGGCGGCGGCGGGGCCAAGCCGGCGGCGAUCCUCGGCGGCAGCACCGCGGCUCCGGCGCAGAAACGCGGCGGCUGCUGCAUGCGGCUCCGGAGCCGCGGACACCGGGGGAGCAGCAGGGCGAGCCCGUACAACAUCCCCGGGUCUAACGGCGACCAGGAGUGGGACCAGAUCAGACCGUGGAACAGAAAGAGAGUCGGCGCGGAGGAGGACGACCCGCACCGGCUCCUGCAGGAGUUAAUUCUAUCGGGGAACCUGAUAAAAGAGGCCGUGAGGCGGCUGCAGUUCUCCGCCGCAGACUGUGCAGAUUUCCCGCAGGUGGCGGACAACGUGCCGUGCUGAUGCCGGGACGGGACCGACCGUCCGGCGGCCGAGCAGCCGCACUGAGACUGGACACACACGGACCGUUGGACCGUGACUCCACAGGACUGGUAGCUUCGUUUAUUAAUUUCAUCAGUUUGUCCGAAAUGUUUGUUACGAUGCGUUGGCUAGCAGUUAGCCUAGCUGACCUGCUAGCCACUCGGCUAAUGAGCCGUGACGUUUAAGUUAAAUGUUUCAUUGUGGGUCGGACCUUCAGUGUGUGUGUGUGUGUGCUAGCAGGCUAACGCUAGCCCCUCGUCACAUGGAGUCGUGUGAUUCUGAACAAUGGUUUUUCUUCUCCGCUCGUUGGUUGAUGGCGUCACAGGAAGUGGGAGCUUCCUCGUUGUUUUUAUUUACCUCUUCAUCCCGGAGCUGCCUCGUGGGUUCAGUCUGACACGGGGGG